AGUUAGAAAAAGCCACGGAAACAAAUCUACUCGCCGCGAAAGCCUUUCCUUCCUUCCGAUCGUCCCGUCCCUUCGCGCCCCCGACGCUGCGUGCCUGCGCGUGGCGACUCGUCGGCCCGCCGCCCCCCCGCCUCGCGAUCGGGGCCGUCGGUCCCGGGCCGGACGGAUGCCGGUGGACGUCGAGGCGGCGAUGGCCCCGCCCCCGCCGGCGUCGACGUGCAGCUCGUCGUCGAUAGGGAGGGACAGCGACGAGUGCCCGCCGCCGGGGAAGGAGGAGGAAGGGGAGGUGCAGAGCGCGUUCACGGGGGAAGGAGGGGGAGGCGGCGGCCUCGCGGGUUUGGAGGCAUUGGAGGAGGCGCUCCCCAUUCGGCGCAGCAUAUCCAAAUUCUACAAUGGUAAAUCCAAAUCCUUUGCGUGCCUCAAAGAAGCUAUAACAUCUUCUGGUUCUGCAAAAGACAUCACUAAGGCAGAUAAUGCAUACUCCAGAAAACGGAAGAAUCUUCUUGCCUACAGCAUCAUGUAUGGAAAUUCACAUGAAACAGCAGCUGCUCAGGUUUAUGAAACUGCGCCUCCUAAGAGGCUUGCUAGUUUGAGCAGAAACUCUUUGGCAACCUUGGCUAGUAUCAGUUCGAGGAGCAGCAGCAGUAUCAGCAUUGAAGAGAAUGAGCUGCCUGAGCAGCUACAUUCUCCACUCUCACCUGAUGAUUUUAUAUCCACACCACGAUCAGGAUCUUUUGCGCCUAAUGCAUCAUCUGCGCCUAUGAGGUCGUUGUCAAUGAUGGAUUUGCAUUGUCUGCAUAGAUCAAGUUCCUCGGUUCGUCUCAAAGAAAAGAAAGAAGAUUAGAUUAAAGUUUAGAGGAUUUUCCAGUUCCUUUUGUUAUCUUUUUGCCUCAGGUUUCUAGUACCAAUCUUCUCUAAUAUAUCUAAAGUUGGCAUGAAGGUUUCUGGAUAAAUAAGCGAGCACUUUGAGUUUGGUGAGGAGGUAUAUGUGUGUUUGUAAAAUAGUUGAUUAUAGUCUGUUGUAAAUUAACAUGAUGUACUAACAUGGAUCGCGUAAACUGGCAUCUACUCAUGUAACGACCAUCAGCUGUAAAUUAACAAGAUUUUCUAAUGCAUUUCCCACUGCUUCUUCAUGA